GCCGCGGCCCUGAGCGGCAGAGACGGCAAUAGGCAGAAAUGAGUAAGAGCCAGCGCUGAACUAGUGCGCGGCGUAAUUCCUGCUCUGUGAUCAGACGCUCCAAGUGAAAAAACCGGGAGAGGGGGCACAGAGAGGCAGUGACCGGCUCGACCUUUGCAACCGGCUCAGGACAGAACGUCUAUAGAUAUUUAUAGAUACUCAAACAAAAACAACCUCACCCUGAAUAGAGCCUUUCUUAAAAAGAAGGUCCUGGCAAUUCUGUCUUAUUUAAGCAAUUUCCUGAGUCUAAGAAUAGAAAUGAGCUGCCUGGAAGGCACUGCAGGCUGAAAUUUGGAGGCAUAGGCUGCUUUAUUUCUUUUUUCUAAAUGUAAAAACCUUUCGUUUGGAUACUGGAUUUUUAUGUGGUUCUUUGCAGCGGAGGGAUGUAUGGUUACUUUUAAUUCUACUUUUUUUUUUCCUCUUUUAAUUUAAGAAAAAAAAAAAAAAAGCUUUCUACUUAAAAAGCAAGGAAGCUGAUUUACCUGCGUGUGACAAUCCCAGAGGACACCGAUCAAGAAACAGGGGAGUGACUUGGUUUUCUGCACUACUUUACUCCUACCCCCAUUUUUUUUUAGGGGGAGAGAAGGAUUUUUCCAGUCCAAGAACCUCUUGCCCCCAAGUUUUGGAAGGGGGCUGAAGACUUGUCACCCAUCUGGGGGUGCAUGAAGGGUAUUGUUUAUCUUUCUCUGUCACCGUGGUUUCGUGGAGGUUUGGAAGAGAACUUUUCCCGGGAGAAGAGGAUGCUGUGGAAGUGGCUGGGCGCGCUGCUGCUGUUCCCGGUGCAGAUGGUGUACCUGGUGGUGAAAGCCGCCGUGUGCCUGCUGCUGCCGCCCCGCCUGCGGGACCUGUCCCGGGACAACGUGCUGGUCACCGGCGGGGGCCGCGGCAUCGGCCGGCACCUGGCCCGGGAGUUCGCCAGGAGAGGAGCCAGGAAGAUCAUCCUGUGGGGUCGGACUGAGAAGUGCCUGAAGGAGACCAGGGAGGAGAUCAGGAGGAUGGGGACCGAGUGCCACUACUUCAUCUGCGACGUGGGGAACCGCGAGGAGGUGUACCGGCAGGCCAAGGCUGUGCGGGAAAAGGUGGGUGACAUCACCAUCCUGGUGAACAAUGCUGCUGUGGUCCAUGGGAAGAGCCUGAUGGACAGCGACGACGAUGCACUGCUCAAAUCCCAGCACAUAAACACCCUGGGACAGUUCUGGACCACCAAAGCAUUCCUGCCAAGGAUGCUGGAGCUGCAGAAUGGGCACAUUGUUUGCCUGAACUCUGUCCUGGCCUUGUCAGCCAUCCCUGGUGCCAUUGACUAUUGCACCUCCAAAGCCUCAUCCUUUGCUUUCAUGGAGAGCCUGACCCUGGGGCUGCUGGACUGUCCUGGAGUGAAUGCCACCACAGUCCUGCCCUUCCACACCAGCACAGAGAUGUUCCAGGGCAUGAGAAUCAGGUUCCCUAGUCUUUUUCCUCCUCUCAAGCCAGAGACAGUGGCAAGGAGAACAGUAGAAGCUGUUCAGAUGAAUCAAGCCUUCCUGCUCCUUCCAUGGACAAUGCAUGUCCUUGUUAUCCUAAAAAGCAUUCUCCCCCAGGCAGCACUUGAAGAAAUCCACAAGUUUUCUGGGAGCUACACCUGCAUGAACACUUUUAAAGGAAGAACAUAGACCUGAUGGCACAAGGACUGUUCUGCAGUGACCCCAGCACAAGCAUGAAAAUCCUACAGGACUGUGAAUCAGCAAGUCUUGGCUUUCAGCCUGUUCAUGUGACUUGUGCUGCUCUGAGGCAACACAUUUCUUGCAGGUCAUAUCCAUAGUAACAUGAUCUUUGCACAGGAUUGAGUGAGUGGACUGUGGACCCUUGGAAAGAAAAACAGAAAGUGUGAAAUGUUUCUCUGAUGUUUAAUUCUUUAGAGUUCAAUUGUUAAAUCUACUCAUAGUUUUAAGAUAUGAUUUUUUGUUUCUGAAGUGUCUGUGGGCUGUGACAGUGGAGAGGCACAUCCCAGCCCAAACACACUCUGUGCCCUCUCUCCAGAGGAGCUGCCACUGGUUCCAUUUCAGCUUUUGGAAUGGGGAACUUCAAAAUUCGAAGAACUAAAAGAUAUGGACAUUUAAUGGACACUUCCUUCUCUUUCUUCACUUCCCAUCCCAUGAUGAGGCUGUUCCAGCACACACUGGGGAAGGAGCAAACCACCAAGCAAUGUUUUCAUUGCUCAAGGCCACCCAGGACUUCUCUUUCUGGGACCAAAAAAGCUGUUGUGCUUCCCCUGUGGAGGCUCAGGCAGCAGUGCUGAGAGUUUAAAUAGUGGAAGAUUCUUUCUGUCACUGAACUCAUAUGUGAAAUUGUCAUUCUGAUUUUUUUUGUUCAUUUAUGAUAAAAUAUAAAUAUAUUUUAGCGUUAAUCCCAGAUUGCCACACAUGUAGGCAGCAGCACAUUGGGGAUGAACUAAAUCUGGAACUAAAGCUAGAGCCUGCUUGUACAAACAUGCAUUCACAGUCCAAACAGAGGAAAAUCCAUUGUAUCCAUCUGCAGUGAGGUGGAAUAAGCUCUAAGAGACAGUACUGUCGUGCUCAUGAGAUGUGAAAUUUGGGAGCACAUUUAGCAAAGACCUGAUUAAAUGCAUUUCAAAUUCAUCUGGGAAUAAACCCACUGUGUUUUAGGGACAUUGAAUCAGCCCCUGAUCAGCCAAAAGUGAUAAAUAUGCUUGGACUGAGGUGCCAGAAGCAGCCAGACAUUAUUUAUUUUUGUAAUGAAAUAUUCUUUUUGACAGCCUAGGAAGGGCAGCACUGCAUUCCUGUGCAAAAUGCAGGGAGCAGCACAUUGGAGCACAGCUGACAGAGGAAUUAAUGUAAUUGCAAUACAGGAAGUAGCAGGUCUAACUGGAGACACCUGAAUGAAGUGCCUCAAGGAUGGAUAUGAUUAAAGGAAGGAAUUUAGGGCUCUUGACUUGAAUUUCAAGCUUUUCCAUAGAUGUCCUGUGAGGCUUGGGGCAAAAUGCAUCAUCUGAAGGAGCACCCUGAUCUGCAAAGCAGAUAUUUCCAGUGUUCCCCUACCUCAGAAUUGCAAGUCUGACUACCUAAAUGUCUGUCAAGAGGUCAGCAAAUUUAAAGAGAGUGUGUUCUAGAAAGGAAAAGCAAAAUUUGUUCAGAGACCAAGAGGUUCUACACAAAAAUUUAGAUAAGGAGAAAACCCAUAUGUCAAAAUACUUAAUGUCCUACAAGAUAUCUGUGGUACAGCAGAAAAUCUGGGAGCUGUGUUUAAAACACACCUUUGGUUCUGCUGUGUAGAGUGGAGGUGCAAAGGUGUGAACAGUGACAUUAGUGCCAAUGUAAGUCAUGCAGGUAAGUGACUUGCAUGUAUUACAUGUCAAAUGUUUUACAUGGCAAGUAAAUGCAAGGGAUUUCUCCCUUCUGGGGCUCUCCAAGAGGAAGAUGCUGCCAGAGUUGCCACUCUUGAAGUCCCUCUGUCUGGGUGAGUGUUUGGAGGGGCUCUCCUGCCUGAGUCAGUGCAGAACUAUAACCUGGAGCAUUGUCACACCUCUCAACAUACAUUUUUUUAAAUGCAGUUUUCCUUGGAUUUCCUGGAUGUCUGAGGCUCUCUGGAGAGGAUGAAAAGAAACUUCAACUUCUUUGAUUUUGACACCCACCCUAAUAGAUGUUUCCAGCUUUAUUUUUUGUCAAUUUGUUUGAGAAGCCAAUCUCACUGAAAAAUCAAGUCCCAUGAGGGGAGAACCCUUCCAGGAUCUGCCUGGAAGGCUGAAGGUACCAGGUUUAUCAGGAGAGGAAGGUAUGGUGAUACCAACUUCCCUUUGUGCUCUCUGAUCCAUUCCAGCUCCUCAUUAAUCCCAGCUGGGUGUGCCAGGCUUGUAGCUGCAAGAAAACUGGUGAAAGAGCAGUGUUCCCUUGAAAUUAAACCUCUGUGCUGAGAUUCUGUUUAUUGGUAACUUCCUAAUGCAAAUCUGGGGAAAAAAAACACACUCUGGAAUCCCCAUUCAUCACCAAACCCUGUCCCUUAAAGAGAUCUGCUCUUUCCCUAUCUCCAGAGUUGUCUUGCACACUAAGUGCUGUUGAUUUCUUUCUGAUGAAUAUAAACAAGUCAGGAUGUGGCUGAGACUCAUCACCUCUCUCCUCUCAUCCACACACAGAGCUCCUUCUCUCUUCCCCCAGGGUCCCAGAGCAGGCAGCAGGUCAAGUUGCAGUCACAGUGGGGGAGAGGGUUGCAGCAAAGGAAAAUAAUGAGGAAAACAUUGACUUUGCUUUUCAGAUAGCCAGGAAAAGUUGGGUGAGAGGGUUCCCUCCCUGGUGAGUGCUGUGAGACAGUGUGGUCUCCAUCCAGUGACUGCAAAUGUGGAUGGAGACACUGAAGACUUUUUUUCAUAGAAAGGCUCCUCUGGAAUGCCUGCUGAGGUCUGCUGGGACCUUCCCACAUCAGGCUGGUGUUGGGUAAUCUUGAAGUGCUGCAAAUGUGGACAAGCUUUGUUGAAGCCCAAGGCCUUCUCUGAGGAAUUUCCGCCCUUUGACUUAUUUUAAUUUUGAUUUUCCCUGCUCUCUCUGCUGCCUCCUGCUCUCCACUGCACAAUUUUUUUUUUCCUUCUGUUUUCCUAUGUCAUCACUGCACUUUUCUGUGCCACCAUCUUGAAGCCAGAUGUCAUACAAGAGUCUGGAGUCAAUUGAGAUCAGGGUAUCCAUUUAUUAUCCUGCUGGAGGAAUCCAGGAGCAGCUGCAGGAACAGGUCACAGGAGCUUUACUGGCUCCAAACUCUGAAGAAGUAAAAGAGUCUUCACUAUUGCUCUUAUGCAGGAGAUUGCUGCUGGUUUAAAAUUUGAGUGAUAGAGAAACAUGAGCUGGUUUGGGACAUGUUUCCCUGACAAAAAAAAAAAAAAGGCCAAAUUUAAAUGGGAGGAUUUUUCAGUUCAAGCUGGCUUCAAGGGCUGCUGUUUAUAUGGAGUGAAUUUCAGCAGGCAGGGCAGGAAGAGGAGGAGUCCUUUGUAUCUGAUUCCUUAUGUUGGAUAUUUCAUUUUUUUAUGAGAAAAAAAUGGCACCCUCAUGUACCCUUGGUGAACUCAACAAAGGUUGUUCCAGCCAUGUCCCUGCCAGUGGCACCAUUUCAGCAGCACAACAAAGAGGAGUGGGCCCUGAAAGUGGGAGCUGCACCUCCCCACUCACCCAUUGUUCUGUUGAGGUUAAAAAGCAAUAGAGUCUGUCCCUCAAGUUCUUCUAGAACUGCACAGAAAGUGCCUGGGCAAGUGUUUCUGAUGUUUGCAGAGAAACUUGUUGUACUUUUAUGUAAUGUGUUAAUUAGUGUGGGUGGGUAUGAUCAGAUCUAGUCUUGCAAGCCUUUCCGACAACUCCCUGAGCACUCCCACCUUCAGAUAUUAACAGAUAGCACUUGCAAAAGCUCCCAAAGCCCCAGUAACAGACUCAAUGCAGGCAGAGCAUAAGUGGGUGCAUGUGUUUCAAAGAGAACACAUCUGCUUGUAGCAGAUGAACGUGGCCUAGUGCCUUCCUGGAGCUGAAAUGCAGCUCUUGAGAAAAGAAUACAGGGUGAUCCUUGGAUCAUCUCUUUUGUUUUUAUUUCUUCAUGUGGCUUUAAUAAAUUUAAUCUAGGUGACAGCCACUUCUUUGACAGCACUGGUUCUGAGGUUUGGGGUAAAGCAAGAUUAUAUCAAAUGCAGUAUUUUUCAUUUUUACCAACCACCAGCCCUGAGAAUGAGAAUAUUCUGCACUGUCUGCAGCUCUCACCUCCCCAGCACUAAGAUCCUGGUAUGUUUGAGUCUGAGCAAACCUGUCAGUCACCAGCAGCAGUUCCAUUCUCUAGGAACAGAAUCCUCUUUGACCUAAAGCUUUUCUGCAGGAGAUGUUGAGCCAUGAGUAGUGGCAGCCACAGAUUCAGGGACUUAGAGAAAGACAAGAGGAAAACCAGAACUUCACCUGCUCCCUGCAGCUCAUUCCCUUCUAUCCUGUGUUUCCUGGGGGAAGCUCACCUUUGCUAUGGGCACUGUUACAUAUUAGCACAGAAAAAAAAUAAGGCAAAGGUGUGAUGAUUUUUUUAUGCAUUGUAUAAUGAUUUUUUUUCUGUGUAAAACUAGAACAAUUCCUCCUUAAAUGAGGGAAGAAAGCACCGUGAUUGGAGUUGGAGAGUGCCUGAAAAGUAUAUGAGAAUACAAAAUAGAAGAUAAGAUGCAAUCUUAGGGGGAGUGUGAUGGCCCUGAACAGAGGCAAGAUGCCACCUUACAUCCCUGGAGUUACAUAAUAACUGAGCCGUGUGACUUCCAGCCAAAUGCAAAGUCUAUAAAAGAAGCCCGUUGUUGCUCCUGCUCAUUCCAGUGGGUCACCGUGCCCUAAAAAACAGUCAAUUAAUUUUGUAGCUUGCUGGCUUGGAAACUCCAAUAUGCUGGUAACUAAUGGCUGACUCUUGUUUUUUUUUUUGUUUUUUUUUGUUUUUUUUUUUGAGGGAGGGAAAGCAGCCCAAACAUGUAAAAACAAGGGGCAGUUUGACUCCCUGCUCACUUUUUCCAGCUGCAGGGACCAUCCAUCAUGUGGAGGUAUUACAAGGACACGUGGUUCUCUGGCUUGUGUCAGUAAUCAUCCUGACCUGGUGCUACUAGGUAGAUAUGGUUCUAUUUCCUAUUUUUUUCUUAAGCAAAAGCAUUUUUUAAAUAUGAUUUUUCUUUCUCUGAGUUAGUUGCCUCUGUAUUGUACAAGCUUUUCACAGACAGGCAUCCUACCCAUGAAGUUCCCCUAUCUAUGCUGAUCAAAUGAUAAUUUAAAUAAUACAGAAGUGUAUUCUUCCUUCCCCAAGCCAUGUGGAGCUAAGGAGAGGAACACUGUUGGGAGAUCAAUGCCUUAAUCCAUCUCAGAAGCCUGCUGGCCUCUCUCUGAAAUGCCCCUGGCUCCCAAAAUUGUCUUCCUGCAGGUCCCUGGGGCAUUUGGCACCGAGUUUGGUUUCCUGAGCAGGUCACUGUCACAGUGCACUAGUACAGUAAAGGCUGCACAUACAAACUCUGAACAGAUGGAUUUAAACUUCUGGUCCCACAGGACACUCUUGAAAAAUCCAAAUUAAAGGAGGAGGUGACAUCAGGUACCCAGAACAAACCCAAGCACUGAGGGAGGGCUCUGCUUGUCCAUAGGUGCCAGGGAGCUUCAGAGCACAGCUCCCACCUCCUGCCCAGACCUGGCCCCUGACUGGAGCCUUGGAGCACCAUGUGCACAGCCUGGCCAUCAGGAGUGCUUGAACUGAGAUCUUCCUUAAUCCUUCAGCAUCAGGCACUUUGGGUGGAGCCACCAGCUGCCCUUGGGCAUCACUGGUGAUCUGAUCAGCGUUCCCAGACACGGGGCUGGCACAUGGCAGCACAACUUCAGCCAGGAGAUAAGGAGGCAAUUCCUUCCUUUCCAGCAAAGUCAGGUAUCAGUGCCUUUGUGCAGAACUGAAGUAAGUGCAGAGUGAGAGGGUUUCUGGGGUGUUCUGGCAGCAUCAAUACUGCUGGCAUGUGGAAUAAGAAAAAGGGCUCAUGUCAGAGGGGUGUUAACAGAAGAUAGAAAUGGCAAUAAUGGAAAACAAGUGGUAUCCAAACAUGUCAUUCCUGUUCCCAGAGCCUGCUGAUUCCCUGCAGUCACAGGAAAUCAGUUCACUCCAGUCUUACACCUCCUUCCACUCUGCCUACUACAAGUAGCAGCAGAGGUGACAAGCUCAUGAUCUCUGCUCUGUCAACUGUUAAAUGUAGCAAAAUAGCUGUAAAAAAAAUAAAAUAAUAAAUCUAUCCAUCAGAGAACAAAGCAAUUCUUUGGGUCAGUGUCAGCCAUAAAGAAUGGAGGAGUCUCUCAGUCCCAGGAAAAGGAGCCACAGCAGCUCCAACCUGAUUCCUUGAGGCCACAUCUCCCCUUGUGAACAGCAAUAAAUGUGGAGGAACAUGCUUGACUCAAUUCAGCCAUGGGAUUAAACAGAACCACAGAUCAGCCUGGCUCUCUUCUUCCCAGCAAUAAAUACCUUGUGCUCUUUCCUGAACUCCCAUCAGAGCUGCAAAUUCAUGGAGAGCACUUGUGGAGCCAGGCAAUAUUUUACUCCUGUUCUAAGGACUGAGCAAAGACAGGGGAGAGAGACACGAGCAAGCACUGCCACGUCUGCAUUGCUGGCUCAAUAGUCUGUAACUUUCAAUAUUCUGAUAUUUCUGACUAUUCAGUAGAAGCAAUCUGACAUGUUUCUCAACUGUCUGCUAUAGCCAAAAAACCUUCUUCACCCACAUCAACUGUUACAAUAUUUUUGAACCUUAAACCACAUUCAGUUUC